AAUAUUUAUCCGAUAAUGGCACCUUGUACUAUGCAUGGUAAUUGGUAUUUCUCAAUCUCCCUUCUUCUAAACACUAAUUUUGAAAAUAUGGCUUUGGCUGCUGCUUCUUCUUCUAAAGUUAUCUCUGGAUCAGGCUUUCCUCUCUCAAGUUCGUCAAGUGAAAUCAAAGGGGCAGUUAUGAGGUCAUUGAAGAUUUUGAGUUAUAAUGUUUGGUUCCGAGAAGACCUGGAGAUGCAUAAGAGGAUGAAAGCAAUUGGUGAUCUAAUUCAACUACAUUCUCCAGAUCUCAUUUGUUUUCAGGAGGUUACUUAUGAUAUAUAUGAGGUACUUCGCCAAUCCAGCUGGUGGAAGGUAUAUCAAUGCUCGGUUUCAAUUGAGAUGGCGGAGUCAAGGUCAUACUUUUGCUUGCAGUUAAGCAAAUUGCAAGUGAAAGCCUUCAGCUGUAAACCCUUCAGGAAUUCAAUUAUGGGGAGAGAACUUUGCAUUGCUGAGGUUAAAGUUCAAGACGAGAAGUCUUUGGUUGUUGCCACUAGCCAUCUCGAGAGUCCCUGCCCGCGCCCUCCUACGUGGGAUCAGAUGUUUAGUAAAGAACGUGUGGAGCAGGCAAGGGAGGCUAUCAACCUUCUGGAGAAGAAUCAAAAUGUGAUCUUUUGUGGUGAUAUGAACUGGGAUGACAAGCUGGAUGGUCGAUUUCCUUUCCCUGAGGGAUGGGUUGAUGCCUGGACAGAGUUAAGGCCGGGGGAGAAUGGGUGGACGUAUGAUACUAAGUCCAACCAGAUGUUGUCUGGUAACUACCCAUUGCAGAAGCGGCUAGAUCGAUUUAUUUGCAAUUUGCAUGAUUUUAAGAUUAGUAGAAUUGACAUGAUUGGAAUGGAGGCAAUACCAGGUCUAUCAUAUUGCAAAGAGAAGAAAGUGAAGAAAGAGAUAAAGAAGUUGGAGCUUCCUGUUUUGCCUAGUGAUCAUUAUGGCUUGCUUUUAACAAUCACUUGUCAGUAAUGUUGGUUAUGAUAAUGGUUGAAUGGAAGACUGAUGAAGUAGUGGUCAUUUUCUGGGCAGUGUUUGUAUGCAUAUAUGAUAUGCAAUUUCGUAAAUGAUGUGCAACAUGUUAUGUUUCAUAUUUUGGUGAAGUUUUGUGGAUCAUGAAGGCAAUGUUUAGAUAUGAAAUGCUAAGAGUACUUGUUAUCAUGAAGAUCAAUUUUAUG